AUGGUGCCAUUGGAAUGUCGCAUCGCACAUCCCAUUGUAAAAUGCACUUACUGCCGAUCGGAAUUUCAACAAGAGAGCAAAACUAAUACAAUAUGCAAGAAAUGUGCCCAAAACGUGAAGCAGUUUGGAACGCCCAAGCCUUGUCAGUAUUGUAAUAUUAUUGCAGCAUUUAUCGGCACAAAAUGUCAGCGUUGCACAAACUCAGAAAAGAAGUAUGGCCCACCUCAGACAUGCGAACAGUGCAAACAGCAAUGCGCUUUUGAUCGAAAAGAGGAAGGAAGAAGGAAGGUUGAUGGAAAGUUACUGUGUUGGCUCUGCACACUGUCCUACAAGAGAGUACUACAGAAGACAAAAGAACAGAGGAAGAGCCUAGGAUCGUCACAUUCUAACUCCUCAUCCUCCUCUCUUACUGAGAAGGACCAGCAUCAUUCAAAACACCACCACCAUCACCACCAUCAUCACCGCCACAGCAGUAGUCACCAUAAAAUCACCAAUCUCAGUCCAGAACAAGAUCAGGGACUGUGGAAACAGAGCCAUAAAUCCUCUGCAGCUAUUCAGAAUGAAACUCCAAAGAAAAAACCCAAACUGGAAUCCAAGCCAUCAAAUGGAGAUAGUAGCUCUAUAAAUCAGUCAGCAGACAGUGGAGGAACUGACAACUUUGUCCUCAUAAGUCAGCUGAAAGAAGAAGUAAUGUCGCUUAAACGGCUUCUGCAGCAAAGAGAUCAGACGAUUUUAGAAAAAGAUAAAAAGUUGACAGAGCUGAAGGCAGACUUCCAAUACCAGGAGUCUAACUUGAGGACAAAGAUGAACAGUAUGGAGAAAGCUCACAAGGAAACUGUGGAACAGUUGCAGGCCAAAAACAGAGAACUGCUCAAACAGGUUGCAGCAUUGUCAAAGGGUAAAAAGUUUGAUAAAAGUGGGAGUAUACUAACAUCUCCUUGAGGAGCUGGUUAUUCAUGGGGUUUACUACUCAAUGUAAAUUUGAGUAAUUCUGUGAAGCCCUUAAAAUCCUGUGUAGUGGAAAAAAUAUUUUUGCACACCAGAUUAGUUGGCAUGUUUCCUACACAUUUUUAUAAUUAAUAUGCAGCUUUUGUUAGUUACUGUUCAGAUAAAAUACUUCAACUGGCUUGAAGAAUGUUUUUAUUUUUUUGAUAUUGGAAACUUUUUGCCAGCAAUAGUAUUAAACAAUUGCAUAGAGAACAUAGCAGUGCUCUCUCUAAAGGACAAAAUGCAAUAAGAAACUAGAUAUGUGUUCUACAAAGCAGCAGCUGAGUCUUUCAAACUAUGCUAAUAUCAGCCAAAAGUUUGUGAAUUUGCAAUGACAUUGAAUACUGGUUUCUGGCAACUGUUUUUUUUCACUUUGUAUCAGAAUAUAAAUUUAGGAUGGAAAUCAUGGUGCUCUCAAGUGAAACUAAAAAAGGCGUGUAUGUAUUUGUAAAUACAAUUGUAAUGGUUAUAUUCUUAGUUAUAACAAGUAACUAGUGUUUUACAUGCUUGUGAUAGGGAUUUACUGAAAGAUUAUCUAUUGUACAGUAACAGAGCAGUGUGUUUUUUGUAAGAUUUACUGUAGAUUUUUCUUGCAAGUGCCUUUCUCCAACUGUUUAUUUAUAGGAAUGUUGGUAUUUUGUACAUAAGGUUUUUAUGUUUUAAAAUCAUGUUUAAUAAAUGUUUUAUGUAAAUAUACAUGUGUGUACAGAGGAAUCUGAGACAAAGAUCAAAGAGGCUAGAGCAGUGCUUGAAGCAGCAUUAAGAGCUAGCUAAUUGAUGGACAGUGAGUAUUGGCUUUAGAUAACCUUUGUAGCUUGUGUCUGUGAGAUGUAGAAUUUUGUUAGUGCUGCUCAUGCCAAACACUUUCUGAACAAAAGAAGAAAUGUUUUUUACCACGCUAGAGCUUAAGCAGUUUGUUUUUAUAUUUUCCCGUUGGCAAAGCGCUAAUUUUUAUUCCAUCGCAGACAUGGGGCUCCCAAUGUUAUAUCAUUAAUUAGAGAUAUACACUCAAUAUUUUUUAUUUUAUUCCGAUUGUCUGAUGUAAUGUACUUACUUGUAACUUAUAGUGACUCUUAAUGAAUUGCAAGAUUGUCAUCCCCUAUUAAAGAUACACAAUGAGGAAACAGUAGCCUAAACUGAUGGUCUUGAAAUUAGAGUGGAAUUAGGGAGUGGAGUGAUGUCAAAUUAAAGGGCUUUUUAAAAUAUUUUAGUUGAAUUUUGAUUCUAAAUUGCAUCAGUUUAGGUUUAGGUCUGCUCCUAAAGGACAUCAGUCAUAUUCAGAAAUUUCUCUUAAACAUACCUUAAUACACCCCAAGGCUUCUGUUCAGGAAGAUGAGUUACAUAUCAGCAUAAACUGGAGCAGACUUAAGUGAGUAAAAGUUUAGUUCAUCUCUGGGUAUUCAUUGGUAACAGGGUAACUGCUUAUAUUUCAGUGAGCUUAAUCACGUGGAAUAAGCUACAUGUUUUAAUUAAAGAACUAAAAUCUAAAAUUACUUGGCUGUCCACCCAUGUUCUGAACUGUGAACACCUUUUCAGUAGUACAGAUAAGUUCCAGCAGUGAGAGACUACUGAAUAAUUUGAAAAAUCAAGCUAGCUUGUUUCCUAUUGUUUAUGUGUAUUUUUUUAUACACUGAAAUCCAGUUUAUACAUUUGUAAAUGCUCUUCUUUAAACUUGCUAAACUAGGGUAGAGAAUGCUGCUAUCCUUUGGGGAUGUUUGUUUGUUUUUGUUUUUUUAAUAUACAAGUUGGGAUUUUCAUUAAUUCAGAGUAAUAUUUUGAUACCCGUUUUCUCCAGUUGAAUAGCCACCCAUGUUUAGUGAAUUUGGUUUUAAAGCACAGAACUGCAUAGCAAAUUGAAAUGUUUGAAAAUAGAAUAAUUUCAUGAUAUCUAUUCAAGCUGCAGUAAGGAUAUUUUAAAGCAACAAACUGAAGUUCCAUAUUAGAAAUAAUUGAUUUUAUAAAUCCUAGUGCGAAAAACUUUUAGGGGCUUCACAGUAUUUAGUUUUAAGUAAAUACCUGCUCCUCUUGUUCCAUAAUCUAAUUUUAACUUGAAUUUUUUAAAGUUGUAAACUAGCCAAUUGAAUCCCAGUCCUGAAAAUGGUGUCCUGGAGCUGUAGAUUAUUGACAUAAUAAACUGAUGUUCUUUAAACGUGGAUCUGCAAGGAGAUUGUUGUACUGUAUUGUGCUUUUUAGCCUGUUUCCAGAUGUUGAUUAGCAUUGACCAGUAAUGGCCAUUUUGGCUCAAGUUAUUUAUGUAUUUUAAGCCUGUGAAUAUUGCAAUCCCCUUUUAGAUAGUAUGUCUAAUUAUGCAUUCUGCAGUGAAGCUAUUCAGCUGUCCACAUGUAUAGACUAUUGAAAUACUGUACUGGCACACAUCUGACCAUUGACAUUUUGUACCUUUUCUAAAUCCAAUGUUUCACAAUAAAAACUUGUCAAAACAUUAAUGUGUCCUU